AUGGAGUUAGAACUUAGAAGAGGACAUCUGCAAACAAUGGCAAAGAUAGCAUUUAUUUUGUUCGUUGUCAAUGCGAUCGGUUUGUCACUUGCAGCCAAUAUUAUGGGCACGAACCAGUCCAUCAGUUGCGGAGAAACAUUGGUUUCUUCGGACCUAACCUUUGAGUUAGGAUUCUUUACUCGUGGCAAUUCGAGCAUGAGCUACUUGGGCAUAUGGUACAAGUUCAGUCCUCAAACAGUCGUGUGGGUUGCUAAUAGAGAUAACCCGCUAGCCGAUAGGAACGGUGUUAUCAGAUUUAGCAAUGUGAGCAAUCUAGUUGUUCUCAACCAGUCGAAUGGUGUUGUUUGGUCUUCGAAGUUGUCCAGGGUCCUCCGCAAUCUAGUUGCGCAGCUCUUGGAUUCGGGAAGUCUUGUUCUUUGGGAUAAAUCCGGUUCGAGUGUUGAUGAAGCCUAUUCAUGGCAAAGCUUUGAUUACCCGACCGACAUGCUUUUACCCAGUCUGAAGCUGGGGUUGAAUUUGAAAACGGGCCUCGAAUGGCAUCUGACUGCGUGGAAAAGCAUAAACGACCCUUCUCCUGGAGAUUACAUAAAUGUGUUAAAACUAUCGUCAGGGUCUACCUCAGUAUGA